AUGAGUUUUGAAAGAAUAAAAACAAUUCCAAUAAAUCAAACAGCAAUAUUAUUAGUUGAUGUUCAAAAUAGUGAAAUAGAUAAUUAUCAUAAAGAAAACUAUCCAUGGUAUUAUCAACAAAUAACGGAAAUUUGUUUACCAAAUAUGAAACAAAUUAUUGAAUUAGGACGUUCACUUAAAAUGGAAAUAAUUUAUACAACUAUUGAAAGUUUAACUUCCGAUGGUCGUGAUAGAAGUUUAGAUCAUAAAUUAUCAAAUAUAUUUAUUCCAAAAAAUUCUUAUCUUGGAAAAGUUAUUGAUGAAGUUAAACCUAAUGAAGAUGAUAUUUGGUUAAAAAAAACAAGUUCAGGUGUUUUUAAUUCAACGAAUAUUGAUUAUAUUUUAAGAAAUCUUGAAAAAAAUUAUCUUAUUAUUAUGGGAAUGUUAACUGAUCAAUGUGUUGAUAUGGCUAUUAGAGAUGGUGCUGAUAAAGGUUAUCAAGUUAUUUGUAUUAAAGAUGCUUGUACAACUCAUACAUUAGAAAGACAUGAAAAUGCUUUAAAUGCUUUUAAAGGUUAUUGUACAAUUCUUAACACAAAAGAACUUAUUAAAAAAAUUCAAGAAUCAAAUAAGAAUUUAAUUGAAAAAUCAAAUGAAAUCAAACCAAUGUCAUUAACAACAUUAGUAACAACUGAUUUAAUUGGUAUAACUCGUGGUCGUUCAGUAUUAACGUCCAAAUUAGAUGAAUAUAUGACUACUGGUUGUGGAUGGGUACCAGCGGAUAGUGCUCUAACACCACAAGAUAUUAUUGAUGAAUCAAAUUCAUGGGGUUCACAAGGUGAUUUACGUCUUUUACCAGAUAAAAAUGCUCGAAUAACAAUUCCAAAUGGACCAAAUCUAAAAAAUCAACCAUUUGAUUUAAUUCAUUGUGAUAUUGUUGAAACAAAUGGAAAUAAUUGGGAUUGUUGUCCACGAAAUUUAUUAAAAAAAGAAAUAAAAUAUUAUAAAGAUAAAUUUGAUAUUGAUAUAAAUGUUUCAUUUGAACAUGAAUUUACAUUAAUUAAUAAAAAUGAUUCCAAUUCUUAUCCAGCAUUUUCAUUUCAAUCACAACGUCAACAAAAUCAAUUUUCAAGUUGGUUAAUGUCUUCACUUGAAUAUGCAAAUAUUCAACCAGAAAAUUUUUUAUCUGAAUAUGGAAAAAAUCAAUAUGAAAUAACUUGUAAACCAUCUGAUCCAUUAACAGCUGCUGAUAGAGCUGUUUCUAUAAGAGAAAUAAUACGUGAUUUAGCUCAACAAAUGGAUUUAAAUGUAUCAUUUUCUCCAUUAACAUCAGCAAAUUCGAUAUCAAAUGGUGUUCAUUUACAUAUUAGUAUGAAAGAUUCAAAUGGAAAUUAUUUAUUUUAUGAUAAACAACGUCCGUAUAAUUUAUCCAUACUUGGAGAACAAUGGUCAUCAGGUAUUCUUAAUCAUUUAAGAUCACUUUGUGCAAUAACAGCACCAACACCUGUAUCUUAUUUACGUUUAAAACCAAAUAAUUGGAGUAGUGCAUAUACAUCGAUUGGUUAUAGAAAUCGUAAAACACCAAUACGAAUCUGUCCAACAAUUGAUUUUUCAAAUAAAUCAAUUGAUCAACAAUAUAAUCUUGAAUAUCGUCCAAUGGAUGGAACAUCUUCUCCACAUUUAUCGUUAUUAAGUAUUCUUAUUGCUGGACGUUUAGGAAUUGAAGAUAAAUCUCAAUUAAAAUUUAUAACUGAAAAAGAUCCUCAUGAAUUAAGUGAAGACCAACGUUUACAAAAUAAUAUUUAUCCAUUACCUGACAAUUUAAAUGAAGCAUUAAAAUAUUUAAACGAUGAUCAACAAUUAUUACAACAUUUUCCUAAAAUAUUAAUUCAAACAUAUUUAUCUAUGAAAUAUAAAGAAUUAUCUUUAACAAAUCAAUUUGAUGAUGAUACAUUAUGUAAACAUUAUUCAAAGAUUUAUUAA